AUGGCUGUCGCUCGUUCUUUGGGAAGGGAUCUCACCACCGAAGAAUGGGAAUCUUCAGAGUUCCGGUUUGGGUUCAUUCCCAAACAUAGAGUGCAAAUCCCUCUACCUGAUGCAUCGCUUUACAGUCCUCCCAAGGGAAAAGUCGACAUCCCAAUCGCCUUGUUCAAGGCAGGUCUGCACUUUCCUACCACAAAUUUCUUCAACCUAAUUAUCCGGGAAUAUGUGUUUUCCGUGAGAGAGCUGACCCCUAUCACUAUAAACAAGAUAGUGGGUUUUGAACUCAUCCAUCGUGCCCUAGGCCGCCUGCCGACUGUUCUGACUUUCAAGCACUUCUUUAAUGCCUCUACUCAGUCGGGGACUCGAACCCUUUCUCAUCAGCAGGGAGUCCUUACUCUUAUCCAUGAUAAGAAGUCCAAGAAGAACUGCUACUCGAGGGUUAAGGUGUACGUCCACCACACUCCCACACUUUUUGGUGCUGACAAGGAACUGGCUGAUGUCCUAGAGAAGAUCAACAUCAAUGAUGAGGAUUGGCUUGACUGCUUCUUGGCUGCCGGCGGAGUGAGCGUCGAUUGGAGGGCUCGUGGGAAAAUUCCCGAGUUUUUCAUCGAGAAAGAGGGUAUUUCUCUUGCUCCUCUUCCCCCUCCCUCAACAUCAAUGGUGAGGAUUGGUUUGACUGCUUCUUGGCCGUCGGUGGAGUGA